AUGAAAAAUGAUAAGAUAAAAUUAGUAAGUUUUGAGGGUGAUGAAUUUAUAGUUGACAAAAAUACCGCAUCUAUGUCAACAGUAAUAAUGAAUAUUUUGGAAGUUAUGACUGCUGAAGAAGACACUAUACCACUUCCAAAUAUUAAAACCCCAAUUUUAAAAAAAAUAAUUGAAUAUAUGGAAUAUCAUAUUAAUAACCCAGCAGAUGAAAUCCCCAAGCCUUUAAUAACCUCUAACUUACAAGACGUUGUAUCUUCAUGGGAUUUUGAUUUUGUGAACACUGAUAAGGAGACUCUUUAUGAACUCAUCGAGGCGUCCAACUAUCUUGAUAUUAAACCUCUUCUUGAUUUGACGUGCGGAAAAAUAGCUUCAAUGAUGAAAGACAAAACUACCGAAGAAAUUCGAGCGGAAUUUGAUAUUGUUAACGAUUUUACAAGAGAAGAAGAAAAACAAAUAAGGGAAGAGAACAGGUGGUGUGGAGAUAUAUAA